UCUAUGAGCUGCACUGAGGCAGAGGAGUGGACUGUCCAACAAUCCUGACACACAGAGAAACCCUGUUGAAGCUCCCACUGGCAGCAGCAGUAGCAGCAGACACCAUGUCCUCUCCUUCCCUCCCCAUGCCCUCUCUCCCCCCGAGCCCCCUGGCCAUGGAGUACUUAAACGACUUUGAUCUCCUCAAGUUUGAGGUGAAAUCAGACACUCCUCCGCUCCCUGCUCAAUGUUCAUAUCCCAAAUCUGGCCUCCCCCAGGACCCCUCCAGCUCCCCAUACACCAGCCACCCUCCGCAGGACUCCAGUUUGAGCUCCAGCCCUUACAACUCGCUGCCACCCUCACCAACGCUCAGCGACGCCCAUCCACCACCCUCGGGCUCGUCCUCCCUGUCUUCGUCCUCCUCCUCUAUCUCCUUCCCCCUGUCCAUCUCCAACAGCUUCACCUCUGGCAUCAGCUCCGGCUCUCAGGGGAACAUGGAGGGCAGCCCGGUCCACGGUGGGCCGCAGGGUCCCACCCCAGCCUCGCUGGAGGAUCUGAUCUGGCUGGCGGCGCUGCAGCAACAGUUUGGAGGUGAAGCAACGGGGCCCGCCACUUUGCUGGGAGCCUUAGGAGGGGUGCCAGAGAGAGGGGACAGAGAGAGGGGGCCGGUCAAUGGCUUCCUGGGCUGUGAGGAUGCUGUGGAGGCUUUGCUGAACUCGGCUGCUGCAGCUGUCAGCUCACAGUUUCCGGGUCUUUCUCAGAGUUCGAGCAGCAACCUGGGAGACUCCAGCAGCGACAGCGGAGGCGACAUCUCCUGCGCCAAGGGGACAGACAUGUGCCAUCGCCCGCUCGUCUUCCUCUCAUCCGCCCCUCCCUCGCUCCCCAACGCCGCCCCCACCUCAGCUCCCUACCCACAACCCCUCAGCCCUCAGGGCCGCCUUCAUCACCACCAUCAUCACCAGCAUCACCUGCACCACCCCAUGCAUGGCAAUCAUCAUCACCAUCACCACCCACAAGUCAAUCAGCAGUGCGGGGUGAACGAGCGCUUCUCUGAUGAGCAGCUGGUGAGCCUUUCAGUGCGGGAGCUGAACCGGCACCUGCGCGGUGUGAGCAAAGAUGAGGUGGUGCGCUUGAAGCAGAAACGGCGCACGCUAAAGAACCGUGGCUAUGCCCAGUCCUGCCGCUACAAGCGCUUACAGCACCGCCACGCUCUGGAGUCUGAGAAACAUGUGCUCACACAACAGUUGGAACAGCUACAGUGUGAGCUGACUCGGGUGCUGAGGGAGAGAGACGCCUACAAGGCUCGCUACGAGAAGCUCCUCAGCACGAACCACAGCACAGGCGAAGCCCCACCGACCCGCACCAGCAACCCACCUUCCCCGCCCCCUGACUACUUCCUCUGAGUUUAACCCACAGCGGGAAUGGAGGGAGAAAAAAAAAAAACAGAAGAAUGAGAAACAAGACCAGCCAACAUGGAGCAAUCAAUGAUGAGUAAUCAGACUUGAGGAAGAAAACAUGGAUUUGUGUAUGUGUGUGUGUGUGUGUGUGUGUGUGUGUGUGCGUGUGUGCGUGUGUGUGUGUGUGUGUGUGUG